CCUCCCCUCCCUUCCCCUUCGGCGGGAGUGAGUGCUUUGGGGCUGGCCCUCCUCCCUGAGCCUCUCUCUCUCUCUCUUUCUCGCACUCAGUCCUCCACUCUUUCUCUUUCUCUCCUGGAGUCGAAAGUCUUGCGCGCCUUUCUUUCUCCCAAAGUCCUCUCGCGCCCUUUUGGAGCGGGUUCGAAGCGGGUCGACGCGCCAGGGCUCGGGGAGCAAUGCUGAGAAGAUGGCGGUAGCCGCGGCGUCCGGAGGGGGCAUAAAUUGGGGGGCGAACCGGAGCGGCGCGCUGGAAGUUUUGGUGCGCGACCGCUGGCACCGCGUCCUGGUGAGCCUGGCCGAGGACGCGCUGGUCCUGAGCGCCGAGGAAGGCGGGAGUGGCCUUUACAACGGGCUCGGGGCGCCGGGCAGCCCCGGACAUGGCCCCGGAGCGAGCUCGGGCUCGGUGGCUGUGCGGACGGCGUUCACGGACCUGCCCGAGCAAGUGCCCGAAGCCUUGGCCAACGCCAAGCGGCGCGUCAAGGUGCUCAAGCAGGAGGCGGGCGGGCUGGGCAUCAGCAUCAAGGGCGGCAAGGAGAACAAGAUGCCCAUCCUGGUCAGCAAGAUCUUCAAGGGACUGGCCGCCGACCAGACCCAGGCGCUCUACGUGGGCGACGCCAUCCUCGCCGUCAACGGUGCGGAUCUCCGCGACGCCACCCACGACGAGGCCGUGCAGGCGCUCAAGCGGGCCGGCAGGGAGGUCCUCCUCGAAGUGAAAUACAUGAGAGAAGCCACCCCUUAUGUGAAGAAAGGCUCUCCUGUUUCUGAAAUUGGAUGGGAAACACCACCACCGGAGUCACCACGCUUAGGAAAUGCAUCCACCGAUCCUCUGUCCCAGCUCUCUCUUUCUAUAAACAGAGACAAGAAGACAAUCCCACUCAAAAUGUGCUAUGUUACGCGGAACAUGGCUGUGUCAGAUCCUGAAAACCGGCUUGUUGAGGUUCAUUCUCCUGAUGCCAAACACACUCUGGUUUUACGGAGCAAGGAUUCAGCCACUGCCCAGGCCUGGUUUCAGGCAAUCCACUCUUGUGUCAGUGAGCUCAUUCCCAAGGUCGUCUCCGAAGUCAGAGAUCAGCUGGGGAAGAAUGGAAUCGCUGGAGGCCGAGAAAUUAGGCAUCUAGGGUGGCUGGCCGAAAAGGUGGUUGGGGAAAAUGAUAAGCAUUGGAAGGCAGUGCUUGUAGUACUGACUGAGAAGGACCUCUUGAUGUAUGAGAGCAUGCCACGGAUCAAGGAAGCCUGGUUUAGUCCUCUUCAUUCCUACCCCUUGCUGGCCACCAGGUUGGUGCAUUCAGGGCCAGGGAAGGGCUCUCCCCAGUCUGGGGUGGAUUUAUCCUUUGCUACUCGCACAGGCACACGGCAAGGAAUUGAAAGCCAUCUCUUUAAGACAGAGACUAACAGAGACCUCUCGCUGUGGACAAGGAGCAUCGUGCAAGGUUGCCACAAUGCAGCAGAGCUCUCUAUGGAAAUCACAACUGCUUGCACCUAUAAAAACCAGGAGUGCCGUUUGACCAUCCAUUAUGACCAUGGAUUUUCUCUCACAACUGAACCUCAAGACGGUGCCUUUCCCAAAACUAUUCUACAGUUUCCUUAUGAGAAGCUAAAAAUGUCCUCGGAUGAUGGGAUUCGAAUGCUUUAUCUAGACUUUGGAGGAAAGGAAGGUGAAAUUCAACUGGAUCUUCACUCUUGUCCAAAGCCAAUUGUGUUCAUCAUUCAUUCAUUCCUUUCAGCCAAGAUUACAAGACUUGGAUUGGUAGCAUAAAUGCCAUCUAUCUGUUGUUCAAGCAAGAGGGAAGAUGGAGCUGUCUCUUCAGCCUAGAAUGCAAGUGACAUUUGGGGAACACCUGGAGCAGCAAUGGAUUAACAACUAUUCCUCACUGGGCUGAGGCAAUGCCUAUGUUUAAUAAAACAGCUAUAAUAAAACAGGCAGAGAAGAAUAAGAGUUGUCAAGAAGACUGAAAGCAGGAACAUAAGCUUCAUCUAAGCCAUUGGAAGGAAGACACUGAUUGCUGUAAAUAAAGGCAAAAAUUGAAUAAUGAAGGAGUAAUAGCUUAAUACCAGAUGCUGGCAUUACAAAAUCACAACAGUGCCUAUAUAAGUAUUAUGAAGUAAUGGUUUUAAAGCUGGGUCUGAGAAGCACCAGAAUUUCAUAGAAAAUUCAGGGAUACCUAAGUGAGAAUAUUGGUAAUGGUGGACAAACUUCCCUAAAUGGAAAGCAUGCCCACUGUUUCAUAUCUUCAACUGCAGAGCAUCCCUAGGUCCCUAGAGAAUUAUAGGCUAGUUUCUCUGUUUAUUUGCGGCAGAAGAUAUUCCCGAAGAGCUCUGGCUGAUCAUUUGUGUCAACUGAUAGUAUGCACUAAAAAGCAACCCAGUUUCAAAAACACUAAAAAUAAGGGUUAAGUAGCAAGGUGAAUAGUUAUACACACAGGAUUUGAUAAAGCCACAGAGCCUCUGUACAAUGGAAGGUGUUGUCUUUCCAUUUUUAAAAAUUUCCAGCUGGUGAAUCCCCAUAAUGUUUUGGGAAUCUAUCAGAUUUGUAUGGUUUUCCAGCAUUCUGGAAACAACACCUUUGGCAAGGCUAGACUUAGGGUUGCUGUUAGUACAAGUCCAUCAGCCACAAAUCAAGCAUCCAGAGUGUGCCUGGUGAGUGAGCUCUUGAGGAAGGUGAGCAUCUCCAAAGGAUUACAUCUCCAAAGGAUUACAAUGGCCCAGAGCUUGUAGGCUGCAGCUUCUCUGGUUCCCCUCUAGCCAGGAUGUCCAAUGACUGGGUUGUUGCAAAAGCUGUUGUCUCCAGCCCUGUAAUGGCUACACAGAAAAUUUGCUAGUAUAAAAAUGAAGCAGUCUGGCUUUGAUAAAAAGUGGAAUUGUCUAGUUAUGUGUAAAUUUUUGGUUUAAAUAUUGCUGAGAUACACAAGCCAGUUUGAAACAUUUAGUAGCAAACAUUAAAAAAAAGUUAUUUGGGAAGAAAUUUAAUUGAACAUUGGCUGUUGGUGGCCAAACUGUAUUAAGAGCUACACAGGAUUUUUUUAAAAUAGUGCAAUUGCAGUUCUUUUAUGAAUAAUGGCAUUCAUGGAUUUUUGAACCUUCCAAACCUCCACCCUAGGAUCUGAAGCAGAGAUUGCAACUUACUCUAGACCAGGCUGAACAAAAUGUGUCCCAGUCUAUACACCAACAUAGUCUGUUCCUUUGUGUGUGAGUCGGUGCAUGGGAGGGGUAAAUGAUUCAUUCAGAAGCAGCAACUUUAUACUAGAGAAAGAAAUGUGGCUUUUAAGAGCUGAGUGGGGUAGAUUCUGUUUUGCCAAAGUUUUUUUCUACCUGAUCCCACUUUAGUUCAGGAAUUUAGUUGGACUGUAAGGAUGUUUUAAUUUUCUGCUCCCUUUCUGUUCUGGAUUUGGGCCUCUUGGAAUAACAGAAAUAGCCAAAUAAUAAUCCACCUACUUAAUGGAUCACUAUCAGGCAAUAUAAAUUGCAGGAGCAGAGCACUUUGUUUAGAAAAGAACGUAAGCAAGACUCAGAGCUGCUCCUUUCUUGUUUCCUAGUUAGGAUCCUUAUUCAUUUCCCUCUACUUUCUUGAACAGUUUUUAAAAAGACACCAUUAAUAGCUAAGUAUUCAAAGUAAUGGGUUUUGGGGCAUUCCCUGUUUUAUAUAAUUGAAAGAGCUUCUAAAGAUAAUUUGGAGUGGACAAUGUCGCUAGGUGCUAAAGUCAGCAGACAGCUGGGGACAGUAUGAAAUGUUCAGUCAAAAGCGAUGGUUCAACCAAAAAAGGAACAAACAGAAGCACAAUGAAGAAAGGAGAUGAUGCUGGUCAGAGAGAAAUCAGUAUUGUCCUUCAGAUACCAGUAGCCACCUCAUAAGAAUUGGGCUAAGCCUUAUUUUGCAGGCUUUAAUAAAUAAAUAUGUUCAAAUUAAUAUAUCUCCCUGACCAGCUUUCUCUUGGGGCAUCAAACCAGGAAGAGAAAUUAAGCAGCUCCUCCAAGGCCAUUUUCAUUAUCAGCUGGGCUUCAGAAGAAUCAUAAUCAGGAGGAGGUCUGUGAACCUCUGCCUUUAAUCAUGAAUUUCAUAUUAAUUUUUAAUAUGUAUGUACAUAUUUGCACAAUUUGUGUUCUCUUAAACUUCUAUACAUUUAUGGUCAGCCACUAAAGUUCAGUCCAGGAAUAGUUUGAAAACCCAAAAACCAAGGUUCAUAUAACUUAAGAAUUAUAAUACAGGGAAAGAGCAUCUUAAUUAUCCUUCCCCCUGAAAUCCACACACACGUUUGGGCAGCUGAGCUGUGUAACACCAACAGCAUCAAGGUAUCUGUCUUUCUCUCUGAUCAAGUGUCAUUUAAAACAUUCUUUUCCUAUUGAACACAAGCAAAGUGAUGAUUUUUAAAUGCAUCAACACUAAAACCCCUACUUUAUAUACAAAGACAAAAAAUACAACAGGGAGUUUUGGAGCUAAUGUUACAGUUAUCUUUGUUAAAGCUUUCUGGGACAUUGCUAAAUUUUCAACACUGAAGUCCUUUGAUUGUCAGACAAAAGGGAAAUCAGUUGUGCAUCAUUUUAAAAACAGUUCCCUGGAAGUGGGGUGAGGUAAAGAAAUAAAAAUAGACAUGAGCUAAACUGGGAAAAUAUUUUACCUACAGAAUACACAAAGCCAAAUCCUCUUUGAAUAUUCACUACACCAUUUAAGUAGAUACUUUCAGGGUACAGCAAAAAUGGAAGUUCGCUGGUGGUUUUAUAGCUCUGCUUUCUUAAUUAUGGUGAAAAGAUUCAAGAUUUGCCUGGAACAGUGUAGCAGUGGUUCUCAACCUGUGGGUCCCCAGGUGUUUUGGCCUACAACUCCCAGAAAUCCCAGCCAGUUUACCAGCUGUUAGGAUUUCUGGGAGUUGAAGGCCAAAACAUCUGGAGACCCACAGGUUGAGAACCACUGGUAUAGCAGGUACGCCCCUAUCAUCCCAGUUUGAACUAGUUAGCAUUUCCCCCUCUAUCAGGGUCUAAAGCAGUGGUUCUCAACCUGGGGUAAAUAUAUAUUUCUAUAUUGUACUAUACUGCAAUAUAUAUUACAUGUAAUAUAUAAUAUAUAAGUAUAUUAUUAUAUUGUAUUACAUUAUAAUAUUAUCAAUAUUAUCAGGUGUUUUGGCCUAUAACUCCCAGAAAUCCCAGCCAGGUUACCAGCUGUUAGAAUUUUGGGGAGUUGAAGGCCAAAAACAUCUGGGGACUCUAGGUUGAGAACCACUGGUCUAAAGCAUUAACAUUAACAUGGGCAAUGGUAUUGGCAUGGCUGGUUAAUUCACACAUGGGAAACUUGUUUCAGAAAAAGUAUUUGAGGAGUUAACUGCAGUAAGCACAACAUUACAUGUGUACCAGCCCAGUUAGAUAGAAUUAAGGGUGGGGUAGUUACUCUUGUAGUCAUUUUAAAAGUAAUGAUACAGUACAACCCUUAUAUCCAUGGUUUCAUUUAUCCACAUCCACUCAAAUUUUCAAGAUCAUUCAGCAUGAUUUUACGGUAUUUUUGGGCCUGAGGUCCUUCAAUUCAAAGAAGGUUCACUGUUCUCCAUGGUUUCAUGUAUCAGCAUGAAGUCUGGAAAUGUAUUCCCUGUGGAUAUAGGGGUCAAACUGUAACUUACUUUUUAAAUGUUUUUGUUCUGAUUUAGAGUUCUGACUAUGCCUUGUCUAAGAAAACCCUAUGAGAUGUAUGGGGUCGCUAUAAGUCAACAGUGAGUUGAAGGCUCAUAUGCACCAUUUUUCACAUUAAUGGUAUUACAAAAGAACCAUGCAGCCUGAAGAUUUCUGUACUAUAUUGAAGUGAAUAGGAAUAUCUUUACAGGUAGGGACUCUCAGUAAGAGCACAGGAUCUCUGUCAGUGAUGGUUCAAUGUGUCAAUGUAGGAUGUGAUUUUACUUUCAUUUCCUUUUGUAAAAAAUUAAGAAACCAACACAGAGAUAUAGAAGAAUACCAAUCUAUAACAACUGCCAAACAGUUACUAAUGGAAGUUAUGUGUGAAUCUGAAUGACAGAAAGUCAGUGGAUAACAAAGAGAAUAAUGUGUAUUUUAGAAUAAAUCAGUGCAUAUGUAAAUUAUACUGCACUAUUUCUUUACAUACUUUAAAAUCACUGGAAUAGAUGUAUCUGCAUUGUAAAUAGUCAGAGUUCAUCUAUUAGUUAUCAAUGAUCAAAUGAUGCCGUAUGUCAUGUAAUUUAUGGUGCUCAAAUUACAAUAUGAAGAAUAAGUAAAUAACUAGUUUGCAAAGAAUAAUAAUUUUAUAUUUAUAGACAGAUGAAAUACAGAUUUUGGACCUACUCAUAUUGGGUUGGGACUAAUGGAAUGAAUUAUAUGAAGCUAGUCAAGAUUUAUAAAAAUAGUUUAAGAUAUUUAUAUUUUAGAGGGGAAAAGACUAUAUUUAAUAAAAAAAUCAUUUAUUGGAA